AUGGGCGAUACCUAUGGCAACUCAACCGUCACGAUUGCGGCUGACUCUGCUGAGGACAGCAGCAAAGGGUGUUUUUUCCCGCGAAAUGCUUUGGGCAUCAAACCAUGCAUGGCAAAAGUGUUCGGCAGGUUCUGCAUAAUUCAACGACAUGCAAAUGACGUGGAAGAGAUAUUUGGUAAAAGUAUGACUGUUGGCUUGCCUCUUCAUGAGCGUGCCUGGGUCUUGCAGGAGCAAAUACUUGCAUGUCGGACGAUUGGUUUUCAAAAAGAUCAGGUACACUGGAGAUGCAGCAACCUUUUAGGCGUAGAAGCACACCCUCAGGGUCUUCCGGGAAUGCCGCACCAAUUACAGGAUUACCGGAGUCAUCUACAAGGCAUCAUUAAUGGCACAGGAUUGUAUCCUGGACUCCGGAAAACAGAAGCUUAUGGUUUCUGGUAUCGUUCCGUAAUGGACUUCACAACGCGAAAGCUGACCAUACCAAGCGACAAGCUUGUUGCAAUCUCAGGCAUUGCCAGCAAAAUGGCUGUUUCGGUCAAGGAUGACUACAUCGCUGGGCUCUGGAGAAGUGAUAUACAUAUCGGUUUGUUGUGGGUGGCCGGUGGAACAAUAGGUUUUCCAAUGGAACUUCCUGCACGGAGAACGGAAACUUACCGAGCUCCAUCGUGGUCAUGGGCUUCGAUUGAGGGCUUCAUUUCAUAUACGCACGUAAUACCGAGCCUAGAUGUUCCAAAGGAAGUCUUAAAACAGCCGUUACUCGAUAUAAUCGAUUACGACAUCAAUCAGUCAGCUGUACGAAGCUUGUCAAGUCAAGAAACCUUUGCAGCGAUUCGAGCCAAAGGAUACCUCCUUCGGAUCAGAACUUGUGGGGAGAGAUUAGUUAAAGCUAAAGGGGAACUUGUUGGUAGCGAACCCGAAUAUGGACAACAAGGAGGCCAAUCAAAUUCAGCCACCUUUUUUCGUGGUCUAGGAUUCUUCUAUCCAGAUGAGUCCUGCGACAGGCAUUCUAUCGAAGGUCUCUGUGCACCAGUUGCAUCGGUAGAACAAUCGAACUGGUGUCUGAUUCUUAAGGCUGAAGAAGGAGAGCGUCAUACAUACAGCCGUAUAGGACUUGGCCAGCUUGAUGUUGAGGGAAUGACAGAAUUUGAGGGUCUUGAAGGUCCUUCGGCCACCGAGUUCACUAUUGUCUGA